UACAGUUUGAAGAUGAUUAUGGAUGCUAGAAAUUUAGCUAGAAAUCAUUGAUCAGCUGUCUUCUUGAGAUGACUAUGAUACUCAAAUGAGAUUGUUUUUCGCUUACAGGAACUUGGAUUUGGCUGCCCACAGUUGAUUCUCACGCAGACUCCUCUACAAAAUACCGUUAAUGACUUCUGGAAUAUGGUUUGGUCUCAGAAAUCGACAGUUGUCGUUUGCCUGCAUACACCGAAUGAGAUCCUUGACACUUUUUGGCCAACAGAAAUCAACCAGGAGCUUAGCUACGGAGACGUAUCGGUCCAGCUGAUCAAACAGUUUGAUCUUUCGCAUUGCAUCGAACGGGCGCUACGAGUUACAAUGCUCGGUUCCGAUGUCAUCCGCAACGUAACGCUGGUACAGAACAAAUUGUGGCCUAAACUGUCCGCCGAGUAUCUGCUAGGGAUUGCCCAGAAUGUGAUUGGGGCCUAUCGGCAGCAGAACCAGGAAUUAAAACAGAUGAAGCCCAUGGUUGUUAACUGCUUGAACGGAACCGAUCGAUCCAGUUUGCUGGCUGUGGCCAUCACCUCUAUCCUGGCUACGCAAAUGAAGAAACCUAUUUUAAUAAAUGUUAUCGAUAUUUGGUUCCGAAUAUGUAGUCAACGGAAAGGUGCACUUCGUGACAACAACCAGAUUCAAAUGUCUUAUCAACUGGUUUUAACGAACGGACACAGUAUUUUGAACAAGCGUGGCAUUAUGACUUCCUAUCAGAUGAAAUCGGUUCAAACGAGUGCUACUACUGAGAAAGAGGAAGCCAUUAACGAUCCGUUCAAAGAUCUGGAUCCGCUGUGGAAGAUGAAAUGAACACCAGAAGACACCUUGUCCAGAAAUGCUUUUUGAGAUACCGUACUACAUUUCUGUGAAUGUUUGUUGUGAUGGGCUCUUUGAUCUAUGUUUUAAGCUGUUUCCAACUUUAUAGGAACCCGCUUUUAGUAAUAAUACUUUUACAACUGUUAUUUAUAAUCGCUAAAUUACCAUUUUCAUUUCAAUCGAUCGAUAGCAGGCUAAUGUUAUGGUCAUUCAAAUAUUGUGCAAAUAUACACCCUAUAUGUUAAAAGCAAAAAAAAUCUAUACUUAUAAAUAAUGAUCAAAAAAGAUAUGCGCUGUGCUCUGUGCGGAAAAGUUUUAUUUGCAGGACGCGUGAAGUUUUCACGGGCGAAGAAAGGACUGAUGUUUCGGAUAUUUAUAUUGUUAGUUUGUAUCACACCAUAAUUGCAAUAAAAAUACGUUGAAUAAAACUGUA